AUGGUCGACCAACCCGAGGACCUCGCCGGCCUUUUGGCCAAGUACAAGGCCGAGUUCGAGCCUUCCCGCCCCGGUGUCCCCGGUGGCACCCUCAACGUCGACGCCAUCGAGGGCGAGGCCUUCGAGCCGGUCGAGCCUCCCCCGGCCGAGCCCCUGCCUGCGCCGCCGGUCGCCCCUGCCCCGGCCGAGUCGAUCCUGCCUCCUGCCGUCGCCGCUGCGUUGGCCGCAGGCCCCGCCGCCGCCGCCGAGGACGACGAGGAGGAGGAGAAGAAGAAGCAGGAGAAGAAGAAGGAGAAGCCCAAGCCCGCGCCCGUGCCCGCGCCCGCACCAGCACCAGCACCAGCACCCGCACCCGCACCCGCGCCUGCCUGGCCCGCCCCCCGCCAGGGCCCUGAAGCCCACCCAGGGCAAGGGCAAGAAGCGCCCGGCUUCUGA